AUGGCCAGAGAUGCAUACAGGCGAGGUGGACUUAUCAAGUCUGCAUCGAGGGUCCAGGAGGAUCAGGAGCGACAGGAAUCAACAUGGACGCUAACCCAGGUGGAGGAGAUAAUUCGUCGAGAGCGAGCUGUUCGUCAGCAAGCGCAACUCGCUGCAGAGCAGGCAUUAAAAGCAGCAAAAGAAGCGCAGAAGGUGAUCCUACAGCUAGAAGAAGAACUUGAUAUUAAGGAGAAGCUGCUUCAACAAGAGCGUGCAGCUCGUCAGCAAGCCGAACUAGCAGCUCAAAAAGCAGCAAUCCGUGCUGUGGUUGAAGAUACGACGGAUAAAACUAUAGCGGUGAUAAGGACAGAAGAGAAAUCCUUGCUGAAGAGCAAUGCGGUGGUUCGUAAGAGAGAAGACGAAGCUGAUUCAGCCAAGCUACCUCAGCCCAAGAGAGCUCGUGAAAUCGCAAAAGAACAAUCAGCUUCACCAACUAAAAAACUGAAGGUGAAAGAGAAGUCACCUCAAGACAAGACCAGCCCGAAGAAAAUGUCGUUGGCCGAGGCACGCAAAGCAGCGCGGGAGGAAGUCGAAAGACGCGCCCAGCAGCGUGCCAAGGCUCUGGAAGAUAUGAAGAAAAAUGAAGGCUACUAA